CUCCCGUUGGAAAUUUGACGCAUUUGCGAAUUCUACCAGAAGUUCCGUCAUGUUGCGCACAACUACCAAGGUACUGAAGCCCGCUGCCUCGAACGUGCGCGCCUUCUCGGCCGCCAGUGGCGCCGAAGUUAUUGGGAUCGAUUUGGGUACCACCAACUCGUGCGUGGCGGUGAUGGAAGGCAAGAACCCCCGUGUGAUUGAAAACUCGGAAGGUUCCCGCACCACCCCUUCCGUGGUUGCUAUCUUGGAAAACGGCGAACGCCUGGUUGGUAUGCCUGCCAAGCGCCAAGCUGUCACGAACCCGUUCAACACGUUGUACGCCGUCAAGCGUUUGAUCGGCCGCAAGUACCAAGACAAGGAAACCCAAGAUGUGUCCAAGGUCGUUUCGUACAAGAUUGUUGCCGGCCCCAACGGCACGGAUGCCUGGGUCGAAGCUCAAGGCCAAAAGUACUCGCCUUCGCAGAUUGGGUCCAUGGUGCUGACCAAGAUGAAGGAAACCGCUGAAGGUUUCCUCGGCAAGACGAUUACCCAAGCUGUCGUCACCGUCCCUGCCUACUUCAACGACUCGCAACGUCAAGCCACCAAGGAUGCUGGUAAGAUUGCCGGUUUGGACGUUUUGCGUAUCAUCAACGAACCUACCGCUGCCGCAUUGGCGUACGGUUUGGACAAGGCCGAUGGCAAGGUGAUUGCUGUCUUCGAUUUGGGUGGUGGUACCUUCGAUGUGUCGAUUUUGGAAAUCUCGGGCGGUGUGUUCGAGGUGAAGUCGACGAACGGUGACACCUUGCUCGGUGGGGAAGAUUUCGACGAAGAAUUGUUGCGCCACUUAGUAUCUGAAUUCAAGCGCGAAUCUGGCAUCGACCUGAGCGGCGACGGCCUCGCCAUGCAACGUUUGCGUGAAGCCGCCGAAAAGGCCAAGCGUGAAUUGGAUGGUUUGGCCCAAACCGAUGUGAGCUUGCCUUUCAUCACGGCCGACGCGACCGGUCCCAAGCACUUGAACAUCAAGAUCACCCGCGCCCAAUUCGAAAAAUUGGUCGGACACUUGAUCGAACGCACAUUGAACCCGUGCAAGAAGUGCGUCAAGGACGCCGGCGUGACCAAGGAAGAAAUCAACGAAGUCAUUUUGGUCGGUGGUAUGUCGCGCAUGCCCAAGGUCCAAACCAGCGUGGAAGAAUUCUUUGGCAAGCGCCCCAGCAAGGGUGUGAACCCCGAUGAAGUCGUCGCGAUGGGUGCUGCCAUCCAGGGCGGUGUGCUUCGCGGCGACGUCAAGGACAUUUUGUUGUUGGACGUGACGCCUUUGAGUUUGGGGAUUGAAACGUUGGGGGGUGUCUUUACCAAGUUGAUUCCCCGCAACACGACGAUCCCGACCAAGAAGUCGCAAGUGUUUUCGACAGCGUCCGACAACCAAACCCAAGUCGGCAUCAAGGUGUUGCAAGGCGAACGUGAAAUGGCCGCUGACAACAAGCUCCUCGGUAACUUUGAUUUGCAAAACAUCCCCCCUGCCCCCCGCGGCAUUCCCCAAAUCGAAGUCAGUUUCGACAUCGACGCGAAUGGUAUUGUGAACGUGGGUGCUCGUGACAAGGCCACUGGCAAGGAACAAAGCAUUGUGAUUCAAUCGAGCGGCGGUCUCUCCGAAGAUGAAAUCGAACGCAUGGUCCGUGAAGCUGAAUUGAAUGCGGAAGCCGACGCCAAGCGCAAGGAACUGAUUGAAGCCAAGAACGAAGCCGACUCGUUGGUGUACACGACCGAAAAGACGUUGACUGAACACGAAGCCAAGCUCGACGCGGCGUUGGUGGACUCGGUCAAGGCCAGCUUGCAAGGCGUGCGCGACGCGAUCGAAAAGGACGACCUGGAAACCCUUAAGGCGGCCUUGGAAGAGUUGAACAAGACCAGCAUGAAGAUUGGCGAAGCUAUCUACAAGCAAGGCAACACUGCGGAUGCUGGCGAAGACAAGAAGGACGACAAGGAAGAUGUCCAUGAUGCCGAAUUCAAGGACAAGAAGCCUUAAAUCCCGUAUUUUAACACAUUCACACAAUAGAGUUGUAUAUAAGUUUCGCGACA